AUGAACGAUACACUUGACUUGCCAAAUUUUUCUCCUGGACACACGCCCAUAGUCAGAGUUCAGCAAAAUGACAGGGCCUCCAUCAGUGCUUCUCUUGACUUGGGGUGUGAAAGUGUGGUUAUUUUUACCAAUGAGCCAAGCGAGGCGUUAGAUAAUUUGCACUUAGCGACAAAGAAGUCUGGGCAAAGAAAACACAGAAAGGUCGUCAUGAUUUCCCAAGGAACAGACCCCAGAGAAAUAUUGAACCUAGACGUACUAGGGUUCUUUGCGAAUUUCGCGCUUGGCCUACUUUACGAGGACAAGAUCACUUUUUGGCGGCAGAAAUUUAGCGGGAGUUCAAAGGAAGUGCAAAAUGAGCCCGUCCUGAUCGAUGUUUGGAAAAACGAGUCGUUUUUAUUUGGCAAUAAUAACCUUUUUCCUGAGGAUUGGAGAAAUUUGAGGUUGCGAAAACUCCGGAUGGCUACAUUCAACUAUCCACCAUACUCCAUAAUCGGUGAGAAAGAUUAAACAUUUCAAUGUUUUAAUAAAAAUGAUUUUAAAAAAGAGGGCAAUCAAUGGGAUGGAACAGAAAUGAAGUUGGCGAUUGAGCUCGCUCGGAAACUAAAUUUCACUUGGCAACUUGUUACCGACUCCUCGCAAUGGGGUCAGAUUUUUGAAAACUCUACUGGUGAUGGAAUUCUGGGAAACGUCGCUGGUGAAAAGGCCGAUUUUGGAUUUGGUGCCAUUUAUUUGUGGUACAACGAGUACCAACAUUUGGACUUCACCGUUCCAUACAUCCGCACAGCGCCCAGACCGAAGCUCUUGUCUGGAUUGAUGGCUCCAGCCUUGCCAUUUUCGAACGGAGUUUGGACCCUGGUGGGAAGUUCAAUCGUGGCGGGUGCGUUUGUCUUGUGGCUUAUGGCAAAAAAGCUGCACCGCGAGUCGAGGUUGAUUGGAUUUGUCGAUUGCACCCUGACCGUGCUUGGCUUCAUGUUGAUGGUGCCUGCUCCGAAAAUGCCCCCAGGAGUGGUGAAGAUUUGCCUGAUCUUUUUUUCAGUCCAGGGUUUGCUGCUCGCAACAAGUUAUUCCAGCUCGCUUAUCUCCGUAAUGACAGUGCCACGUUUCGGUCAACCUCUUGACACUCCAAAACAAAUGGCCGAAAUCGGCUAUGCUUGGGCAGCUAAUCACGACGCUUGGGCCUUUUCUUUGAGGGAUGCGACGGAUAAUGUGUACGCAAGAGUUUAUAAACAGUUUCGCAUUAUGAAUGAAGAGGAGCAGCAGGCAGCAGCAUUGAAGGGCGCCCGCGUUGCGUUUGCCGUUGAGCGUUUACCGUCGGGCCAACUCGCUGCGAACACUUUGUUGUCGUCGGCAGUGGACAAAUUACGGCUGAUGCGCGAGGAUCUUUACUGGGAAAUGGUGGUGAGCGUUUUGAGGAAAGGAUCCUACCUGACCGACACUGCGAAUGACCUGGCCCUGCAGUUGCAACAAUCGGGUCUGCUGCUGCACUGGGAAGAACGCGCAGCCCACAAGUGGGACUUGGCCGCCGUCGGCCUCACGCAACAAGCCACGGGGCCCACCAACUUGAAGUUGACGCAUUUGGCCGGAGUUUUCGCACUUUGGGCUCUUGCAAUCCUAGUUUCAGCAUUCGUAUUUGUCUGCGAAGUUGCAGCCUGUGCUUCUGUAUAUGCGUAA